UCCAGCAGAUCAUUAACAGACCUGAAGACCUCCAGACUUCAUUACUGUUUACUUGGAGCUCAUCCAGUCUUAAUCCAGAACUCAUCCAGACUUCACCUCAACAAUGUCUCACAUGAGAACCCUGAUGACGGGGGACUGCAACAGGGCGGUGGUGGUAUCUGUGGCCCGGUAUGACCAUGACGUCCUGGAUAGGAGACCCGGAGUUGGAAGGGACGCUAAGAGGCUCCACCGGACCCUCAGCAAACUGGGAUUCAAGGUGGACCUGCACAGUGACCUGAGCAGCAAGGAAAUCUUAGAGCUGUUCCAACAAGAAAGCACGCGGCCUGUAAAGGACUGUUUCCUUGCUAUCCUUUCAUCUCAUGGGGAAGAGGGCUGCGUGUUUGGCGCCGAUGGGGAACCUGUCCAACUGUCUCGUAUCUUCACAUACUUCAACAAUGAGUACAUGGAGAAAAAGGCCAAACUGUUCCUCAUACAGGCUUGUCGUGGACAUGGUCUGGAUGACGGAGUGGAGGUAGACUCAGCAGAUGAUGCCACAGAUUGCAGCUUUUCCCAAUAUCUUUCUGCUCCAGUGGACACAGCUGUGAUGUACGCCACAGCACCAGGCCACGUAGCGUUCAGCCACCCCCUCGGAUCAGUGUUCCUGCAGACCUUCUGUGAUUUACUGGAGGAGAAGGGCCAUCGAAACCUGGAGCUGACACGCCUCAUGACCCGUCUGUCUCAUCGGGUCGCCUACACCUUCCAGGCCAGGGGUCGGGAGCUAAACGGGAAGAAGGAGAUGCCGUGUUUCCUGACACGCAUGACCAGAGAGGUGUUCCUAUUCAUAGAACCAGGGAAGGAUGGCAGCUCCUCCGGAAUCUCAGCCACAGCGCUGAUCGGAUCAGGAAACAUCAGAGCUCGUGCUCCUUCUAUCAGUUAGAUCAUGUCAACAUGCGUGACUACAUGCGUGUUGCCGCAAGAACUAGGGGGAUGACUUUCUGCAGAAAAGCCAACCUUGAAAUCUUUCAGCAUUUUUGCACAUUCUAAACAACCUUGUUAUGUAUUUACAUUUUUUAACCAAUCGCUGCUUUUAAACUUUAAUAAACAAACCUUCUACUGA